ACCCACAGCCUCUGGUUCGUGCUUUUCUUCUUCUCUCCCUCCACGUUAUUUUCUUCUCAUUUUGGCUCUUGUUGAGUUGUGAUUGAGAACGAUUCUUGCAAACUGUUAUCCAGUCUCCUGCGAGCUACAAAAAUGGUGAGGCCAUAUGCAGUGAAGGGAAAGAAGCGAAGGAAGAGGGAAGAUAAAUAUGACAGAGUAGAAGAAGCAGAAGAAGCGUCAGAACCAGAAGAAACAGAGGCUUCACAGCCAGAGGACGUUAACAAGGGAGCUAUGGUUGAGAAACAGAGUAAUGGAAACGAAGGAGAAGAAAAAGUGGGUAACCCAAUUGAACUUGAGGGUAUUCCAAUAACCCCAGUAGGACUUAGAACCAAGAACGGACCUGGGGCCAUCUUCAUCCUUGAGAGAGCUUCUUUGGAAGUUGCCAAAGUUGGAAAGACUUAUCAGCUAUUGAAUUCUGAUGAUCACUCAAAUUUCUUGCGGAAGAACAACAGAGAUCCUGCUCUUUACAGGCCCGAUAUUGUUCAUCAGGCUCUACUUAUGGUUUUGGAUAGCCCAAUUAAUAAGGCUGGGAAGUUGCGAAAUGUGUACGUGAGAACUGCAGCAGGUGUUCUUAUUGAAAUUAAGCCACAUGUUCGUAUCCCAAGGACAUUUAAGCGGUUCUGUGGUGUCAUGUUGCAACUGCUACAAAAACUGAGUAUUUCUGCUGUUGGUAAGCGUGAGAAACUUAUGCGUGUGAUAAAGAACCCUGUGACACAGUAUUUACCUGUCAACUCUCGCAAAAUAGGCUUCUCGUACAGUUCGGAAAAAUUAGUUAGCAUACAGAAUUAUGUUGCUGCUGCUGAAAACAAUAGAGACUUUGUUUUUGUGGUUGGUGCGAUGGCUCAUGGAAAAGUGGAGACAGACUAUACUGAUGAUUUUAUAUCAAUCUCUGGUUAUCCCUUGAGUGCUGCAUUUUGUAUUUCGAUGAUUUGCCAAGCAUUGGCGGGAAAGUGGGAUAUUUUGUGAACCAUUCUUCUGGUUUUAGUCUGAAUCUUAGCACUUAAUGUUAUUCUUAUCUAUGUGAUGCAUAAUCUUUCAGGCUCAUUGCUUUUAGGGUUUUUGGAAGUGUUUGUAUCAGAUUAUGUUCUAGCUCUGUCUAUUAUUUGAUGAAAUUUUGAGGGUUAUGGUGGAAAUUUAUACAUAUUUUCCUCUGUAAAUUAACUAAUGGUCAACCACAUAUAGCCUCCAAAUUAUCUGGAAAUUUUCAAGUUGAUACAUGAUCUGUAGAUAUUUUACAA